AUGGACCGCCCUGUUCCUCGGAGAGCCUCUGCGUUCACCGCGUCAAAAGCGACCCCCGCCGCCCUCGACAUGUACCAUAGGCCAUAUCCGACGAGCCGCACGGGCACCCCAUCUCCGCUUCUUGAGGAACCCUCGCACCAUCUGCUGCUGCCGCGCUCGAGCCCGAGGCUGACACCGACUCUCCCGCUUUCCCUCCAGCAUACGCCUCAAUCCUUCGCGUCGAAGGACGUAGCGCCGAGCAGCGUUGCCACGGAUAAUGGCCCGACGGUCUGUGGCAUGCCUCUGAAAUAUGUCUCAUUGAUCACACUCGCGGUACAGAAUGCUGCGCUCUCAAUCGUGAUGCAUUAUUCUCGUGUGUCCACACCUGCGUCCCAAGCAUACUCUCCUGCGACAGCCGUUCUGCUCAAUGAGCUGCUCAAAGGCGCGAUUUCCUUCGUUGUUGCCUUCUUUCGAGUAGCGUCUGCUGCAGAUCCCUCCGGAAUGAGGCUCACGGGAUGCUGGCUGGCGUUUCGGAAAGUAUGCCGUGACAUCUUUAGUCCGGACUGUUGGAAGCUCUCCAUCCCGGCCAUCCUAUACGUCGUGCAGAACUCGCUGCAGUUCGUGGCAAUAAGCAAUCUCCCGGUAGCUACUUUCCAGGUAACCUACCAGAUGAAGAUCCUCACAACCGCCGCCUUCUCUGUCGCGCUCCUUCGAAAGAAGAUCAGUUCGACAAAGUGGCUGUCCCUGUUUUUCCUCGCCAUCGGAGUCGGCAUCGUCCAAAUUCAGAGCGGCUCUGGUCACAUCCCUCAGCGUCAAAAUGUUGUCGUAGGCAGUGCGCAUGAAUCUGCACCGCUACACAUCCACAUCAUGAGCCCCCUGAAGGGCUUCGGCGCCGUCACUGCAGCUUGUUUCACAUCCGGCCUCGCUGGCGUUUAUUUCGAGAUGGUGCUCAAAAAUUCCAAGGCGGAUCUCUGGGUCCGGAAUGUACAGCUCUCGUUGUUUUCGCUCGUACCGGCCGUCCUCCCCAUCAUUUUCGAGACACCCGCUCCGCACUCUCGCGUUGGUGGCAGCAUCAUGUCGAUUUUACUGCGUAAUUUCGGCGGCUGGGCAUGGGCGACGGUCAUUAUACAGGUACUGGGCGGCCUGAUCACAGCAGUCGUCAUCAAGUACUCAGACAACAUCCUGAAGGGAUUCGCGACGAGUUUGUCCAUCGUUCUGUCCUUCCUGGCGUCGGUCGCGCUGUUCGGGUUCCGCAUCACCCCGUCAUUCCUCAUCGGAUCCUCGACCGUCCUGAUCGCGACGUUCAUGUACAACCAGCCACCAGGGAAGGAACUCGUCACUAUCUCGGGCGUGAUGCCUGCACGGUGUCCGACACCUACUUUCCCGAAUGUGAGCCCAGAUGCACCGAUAAUUGGACAAUUCCCGCCGCAGAAGAAGUCAUCGCCAUUCAGCAGCCCUCGUAUCCUCGCGAACGCGCUUGGGCUGGCGAACGAAAAGUCGGAGAUGGACGCUGCAUUCGGCGAGACGCUCGACACACCCCGCUACCUUAGCGCACCCUACGGCUCACCGUACCCCUCGCGGACGCCCUCGCCGAACCCCACGCCACCCUGCCCACCGCCAAAUUCUGCGCACGGGUUCGAUGCGCACGGCCGUUGGCAGUCGCAGUAG